CGAGCAUUUCACUCUUCCACAUUUCUGCUCUUCCAUUCGGAAAGGCUAGUAACUGGUGUAAGGUACUUUGCUGCUCCACGAAAAACCAUAGUGAUUUCAAUUCACUAAAAAAGGCGCCAGACACCACCAUCAAUCAUGUUCUCUUUUUUCGGCGACGAGUCCAAGUUACCAGCUUCGACCGUCAUGGUCAGCCGCAUGACCGUCAAAAAGCAAGCUGUUGCCCGGCAGCAGUCUUCAGGACCUAUGGCAGGGCCCUCGAAACCAUCGAAUGUAACUCCCAAGCACUCGCAUGGUUCUCUUAAAGGGACACCGAGGUCAGCGUCAGAAAAAGGGACACCGAAGCAAGGACCAAGCUCUUCCUCAAAAAGUACUUCAAAAGUCAAGCAAGAGGAGCGUAUCAGGCUGUCGACUAUACCUCGUACUCCUGCAUCCUCAUCUAGUCCUGGAAGACUGAAGAGAAAAACGCCGAAAGUCCAAGUAGUCGAGUCUGAGUCCUCAAGUGGAUCAGAAUCAAGCGAUGGUGCCCUUGAUUCCAAACCCAAACGACCAAAAGUUACCCGAAAAGAGACAGGAAUUGACAUGACGCCUCUGCCUGGAGAAGAAGUUGUGGGCCGAAGGGUAUUUUGUUGGGAUAAGGUGGAUAUGCGAGGUGAAUGGGGAAGGGGCUGGGCGGGUUUUGUGGGGUGCGAUGAAGUUGUUAGAGGAAAUGUGCAAGGAUGGGCGAACGGAGGAGGUGGAGAUGGGAGCAAGAAUUUGGGGAAGUACAGAGCUUUCUUUCCCCAAGAAGGCUUUGAUAGGGAUGGGGACUUUCUACCAUCAGUGGAAGUACUUUACCCCGCGAAAGGAUGCCGAGAAAAAUUUGUCCUUAUGGUGCCCUCAUCGGACAGGGAGUUUAAUCCCAUAGGCGAGCUUCGUAAUACUUUAAGAUUAAUACUUGAACAUUACAUACCUCCAUCCCACCGUCAUAUAUUCGGGACUCUGGCGGAGUCAUUGGACAUUUCCAAUCCACUCUCGUCUUUGCCAUCACGUAUGACAACCCCUCUUCCUAACUCACUCGUGACACCACCACCCGAUCCUGCCUCCCCUUCCCCGGCCUUUGCCUUCGAAAUUUCCGCCACUUCUACCCCUGCGCCAUCCACCGAAAGACAAGAAACAAUCGCAGACCUGAUAAGGAAAUCUCUUGCCCCUAAUCGUCGAGAUGGUCCCUUAUUCGUGACCGCCAUCGAACGGUACAAUUCGGCUAUGCAGGCUAUACAAGAGGAUGGGACGUUGCAACAAUGGUUAGAUGAGGGUAUGAAUGGUGGGAAAGGAAUCAAAGUCAGAGAAUGGGCUGCAUUAGUUGACUUCGUGCAUGAUCAAGCCUAUUCCAGGGUUGUAGGUGGAUAUAGUCAUGAGUUGGAGCAUCAUCCCAAGCAUCCCGAAGAGGUGUCAAAGGCCAUCAGCGGGAAGGAAGAUGCUUAUGGAGAAUUGAGGCACGCGUUUAUGAGCAAGAUCAUAGAACAAACAAAGCUAGGGCCUGACUCUGUAUUCGUCGAUCUUGGUAGUGGUGUUGGCAACUGCGUACUUCAAGCAUCUCUUCAAGCAGGUUCCAGAAGCUAUGGUUUCGAACUUCUACCCGUUCCGGCUCACUGUGCUCGUCUACAAGUGCGGGAGGUACAGAGGAGAUGGGCUAUGUGGGCAUUGAAAGGAAAUCUGGAUGUGGAAGUGCACGAGGGAGACUUUAGGGUUCACAAGGAGGUUGGCCGAAGACUAAGGGAAGCCGAUGUUGUGCUGGUCAACAACGAAGUGUUUCCGUCAUCAUUGAAUAUGGACCUUGCGGAUAUGUUCCUCGAUUUAAAGGAGGGUGCAAAGAUUGUCAGUCUCAAGCCCUUUGUGCCAGAAGGUUUCAGAAUGAAUGAAAGUAACUGCGACUCUUUCGCCGCUAUCCUCCGCUCUACCCAGCACGACUACUACCGAGACUGGGUGUCAUGGAAAGGCGAGUGGGGCAACUAUUAUGUGGCUGUCAUUGAUCGAUCGAGGAGGAUCAAGUUCGAAGAAAGUAUGAAGGGAAGGGCGUCUAGAAGACGCUGAUCGAGCUUGUGAGAUAUCUGCUGUUGGAUGUAUGUAGUUGUACUGUCUUAGACCAAGCCUCGAGCUAUAGCACCUCGAGCUAUAGUAUGUAUG